CUCGUGCAGUUCGUUGAGUGCGGGCAGAACAGCGCGGUCGCAAGUUACGAGUCGCUAUAUUGAUAUUGCCAGUUGACAAAUAGGAGCCGCUCACUCUCACUCUCAAACUGUCUCUCUGUUGCCAGCAAAGGGCGUAGAUGGGCAGAUUUCCAGGGGGUCUAACGCUCUUGCUAACAAUUCUCUAACCCAUUCUCGAUUUAGGGCUUUAUGAUGACUGUUGAAAACUGUCAACAAAAAAAUCUGGCUUAAUUUCUUAGUUUUCGAAAAUGGGUAAUAUUUUUAUUGGUGCAAAAAUGUUUCUUUAAUUCUUUGUUAAAUAUCUUAGCAUUAAUAAUUUUCAAAUAUAUUGAAGCAGACUCCUGGACCCCCUUACACCACGCCCCUUUGCUGCCCCCAUGACUUGGCGCUCUCCGUUGCUCUCUCGCUCGCUCACACUCCCGCACUCUCGCCUCCUCAACCGGAGAUAGUGCGACAGACAGGGACGGACAGACAAACGAUCGACGGCCAUCUGGCGAUCGAGGGGCGGGUGUGGGAGUUAGAGGAGCUCGAACGCUCAAUGAUUGCUGAUCCGAUGCAUAUCGCAGAUAUGCCCGCUCCUCCCUCUGCUUCUUCUUCCUCUUGUGCCACACAGAAGCAAAUGUGCAACAGCAGCAACAUCAAGAACAACAACGCCUCGGAACAACAACAACUGAUAAGGCUUCAUGUCUGCAUUCUAACGUUUACACAAUUGGACAUUCGACAACGAUUUUGUCGAUCCACUGAAAAAAAAGUGCUUUUGUCUCCUACAUCAAAAAAUAAUCCCCAGAAAAAGAUCAAAAUUUGGUUUGAUUACAAUUUUUCCAUUUUAAAUAGAUCUAAUGGUGGAAAAGCCACAUACAAAUUAUUCAAAUUGUUUUUCCAAAGUAAUAUGCAACAUUCAAAACGAAUUACUCAGCUAGUUUUAUUUAUAGAUAUUUUAUAUCAAAUCGAAGACAGGCGGCUGCCUUCGGGCCCACUUUUUGGGUGGAAACAAUGUGGAUGGAUGUGUGAAUGCGGAGAAUUCAGUUUAGUACAAAUUCGGCGCAGGAACGAGCAACGCGCCCUCUUGCCGACCACAAAGUACCACGCGAUGUUCCCACCCGGCCAAAAUCAAAAUCCGCUACCGAUUUCGUUGAUACCACUGCCACCACUGCCCGAUCCCUAUGCGAUUAGCAAGGCUGUCCAGGAUCCGGACAGUCUGGACCUGGAUGUGGAUGUAAACCUCCACUUGGAUGGGGGACGGCAAGAGCUGUUCGAGGGCUACUCGGACGAGCUGCUGACCAUCGCCUGGGUGGCCUGCAUUGUGUUCAUCAUCGUGGGUGUUCCCGGCAAUCUGCUCACGAUCGUAGCUUUAUCGCGUGGUCGGCAGACCCGUAACUCAACGGCCAUAUUCAUCAUUAACCUGUCCUGCUCGGAUCUGCUCUUUGGCUGCUUCAAUCUUCCCCUGGCUGCCUCCACUUUCAUGGAGCGGGCCUGGACGCACGGUGAUCUGUGGUGCAGGUUGUUUCCGAUGCUGCGGUAUGGCCUGCUGGCGGUUUCACUGCUCUCCGUGUCGUUGAUCACCAUCAACCGGUACAUCAUCAUCGCCCAUCCCAGGCAGUAUCCCAGGAUCUACCAGCGACGGUACUUGGCACUCAUGGUGGCCGGCACCUGGGUUACCACCUUCUCCAUAAUGAUACCCACCUGGCGCGGCGUGUGGGGUAUCUUUGGCCUAGACGUUAGCAUCGGAUCCUGCUCCAUUCUGCACGAUCGCUAUGGCAGAUCGCCCAAGGAGUUCCUUUUCAUCGCCGCCUUCAUGGUGCCCUGCAUCUGCAUUGUGAUCUGCUAUGCUAGAAUAUUCCUGCUAGUGCGAAAGGCGGCCAUUCGAGCUGGAACCGCUGGGAAGAGCAAUGUCAGUGAUGUGACCCCCAGUUCCACGACUCAGCAGAACCAAGCCCCAGCCAUGGCCAUGCAAAAGCGGCCGGAAAAGGCCAGUACAUCCAGCGGCGAGGCACAGGAUGCACCAAUCCCCGGACGACCCUUUGUAGUGGAGGAGCAGCUGGCGUACAUCGAUGACAAUGCCUCGGCGGACAGCCUGCCUAUCUCGUACAGCAUCAGGAGGAGGGAUCAGGAGCAGCAGCUGCAACAGCUGCAGCUGCAGCAGCUACCCGUGGAUGCCAAUGUGGUGCUUAAGGAGCGGGAUCAAGAGAAGUUUAGCCUGGGACGCAGUCAAACGCAACUGGAGAUGGGCAAGUCGGCUGGAAAGAACCCUAUCACGACCUCGCUUCGGACUUCCUUCACCAGGUUCAGUCCGCGAAAGUCGCACUACGUCUCCAUGGGCAACACCUCGAAUGCUUCCUCCAUUUACCCGGGCAGGAUGAGUGCCAAGGACCGAAGGUUGCUCAAGAUGAUACUGGUGAUCUUUGUGUGGUUCGUCAUCUGCUACCUGCCCAUCACUGUGGCCAAAAUCUGGAAGAGCGCCACCGAGUUGCACUGGUUUAAUAUCGCCGGCUACCUACUCAUCUACCUAACCACCUGCAUCAACCCGCUGAUCUACGUCCUGAUGAGCUCCGAGUACCGAAGGGCCUACUGGAACCUACUACGCUGUCAUGGAUCACCAGAUCCCCACAAGCAGCAACGGAAUCAGGUCCACUCCAAUGCCAAGCGGAAGCACCUUGAGUCCACCAAUCGCCAGGUGAAGGCCACGACGUGAAGAGGAAGUCCUUCUCCUAACAUCUUAAUCCUCCGUCCCAGCAGGAUAUGAUAUAUGGGAUGAGUACCGAAAUUUCAUACUGUAUGAUCUGUGGGAAGAAACGAUCCACAUUAAAAUACGAUCAGCAGAUAAGUCCUUUGAUCCCUUGGCGAUCAUCGUGCCUCCAUGUCCACUCGAUGUCUAGUCACACGUUCCUAUCGGAUCUUUCCUUCCAAGCACACACGAAAACACAGGUCGCCCAUCUAUAUCUAUCUCUAUAUAAUGUAGGAACUCCAGAAGUGUAGUGCAUUUUAUACCAAAUGACUUUAAUAUCUGGUUUUACAUUUGAAUUCCAUGUUUAAGAACAAUCGAUGUUUGUUUGCUUUAGUUUUUUUUUUGCUUGUCGCUAAUUAUUGUACCAAUACAUAAUAGAUAUAUCCGUAUAUGGAUAUACCCUAUCUAUGCCCCCAAUAAAUGCUUCGAAUAAUUGA